AUGUCUCUCGCCCUCCCCGAACUCGCCCCCGCGCGCGCCCCCCGCCCCCGCUCGCCCUCGCCGGGCCUCGCCAUCGUCGAAGAGAAGGCCGAGCUCGAGCUCUCCCCCAUCGCCGAGGCUCUUCCCCCGCUCGACGCCCACAUUCUCGACCAACGCUCCGACUUCAUCGAGCAGAUAUUCACCAAGGUCGAGAAAGAGAGCGAGAUGCGCGCAUACAAGCAGCAGCUCGACGACGAGCUCUCGCGACCCACCACCGCCUCCAGCUCGUCACCACAGCCCUCAUCCAACCUGUCCUCCCCGGGCCCCGUCACCAUUUCCGUCCCCAGAGAGAAGGACGCAACGCGGGAGAGAGACCGUCGGAGGGGGAGCAUAUCCGUCUCGAGAUUCGGCCAGAAUCCUGAAGUGCCACCAGGCACAUUCGAGACCGCGAGCAACCUGCCGUCGCGCAAGAACUCGCUCAUAAUCAACGCCGGCUCGACCGGCGCCUUCUACCAGGCGCAGAGGUACGCGGGCAGCGCGGACUCUUUCGCCUCCGAGUCGGAGCCACCGCACGCACAGGAGCACGACGAGGAGCAGGUCACGCAGAUGGAGACCAUCGCGGGUCGAAUGUCGCUCGGCAAGGCGGUCGGACGCACGAUCGCGCGACGGCUGUCGCGCGCCAAAACGCGCUCGCGAGACAUCCUCACGCAGCCCAACGGACUCAUGAUCGGGGUCUCGGUCGAGGAGGCGACGGUCGAGGCGCACCACGACGCAGAAGAGGAGGGGAUGCUCAACGGCUCCGACGACAUGCCAAGGACGCCCGUCACCGCGUUUGUAUACGCGGAUGCAGCAAAGGAGGGCACGCGGUCAAGGCGGUCAACAAUUAGCAUGCCGAAUCCACCGCCGGGCAUCGCGACGCAGGCGGCUCCGACGACACCCUCGCCGGUGAAGGACGACAAGAAGCCACCACCAUCGAGUUGGGUGGCGAGAGCGAAGGACAUCUCCCGGAUGAUCAAGCGGAGAAGUUUAGCGGUUCUACCGCAGAACGCGCACAACUCAUCGCCGUAG